AUGCCGCAGAAAUCACAGUACGCGCAUCCCGAAGACCUUAAGCCACUCGAAGGGUUCACAGACCCGGCUACUGAAGACCCUAUUACUCCGCUGAGACCUCUCAACUGUCCUGGUCCGUCUGAUCAGGGCGACGGACCUGCUUCUAUGUGGAUUCUGAGUAAUAACGCGUCUGCCAUAAGCAUGAUGUAUAAUCGCUGGGGCAAGGGCUUUUCGCAAGAUGGUUCUUGGGGAAAGUGGACAAACAACGAGUCAAAAACCUACCUCUCUGGUAUCUAUAACGCAGUUGGACAUUUGGUUAAGCAGUCUUGGAUGGCCUCUGACGAUGUCCAAAGUCUUGCGGCAUUUGCUGCUCGAGAUGCCAAGGUCAAUUGCUUUGUUGCUGACAGCCCUCCUUGGAGCCGCGACACCCCUACUGUGACGGCCAGACCUGAUCAGAAGGACUGGAUUCGAAAGGCGGACUGCCUGGCGUUCGUUACCCAUCACAUCAAUUAUUUCACUGCCCUCUUUGUUAACUAA